AUGGCGUCUCAAGAAGACGAAGCCGCCAUAGCGAAGCUCGAGUCGGCAUGCAAGGACCUGAAGGCCCUCCUCCAGAGAUCGGCGGACCUGGACCGGAACAUGGAGAAGAUGGACAGGCGGUUCGACCUCAUCGACCAGUCCCUGUCCCUGGCGUCCCGCCGCGUCGCCCCCUUGCAGUCCAUGGCUAUGGCCAACAAGGCCCUCGACACCCGGAUCAACCGCGCCGUCACCCCGGCCCUCUCCCUCCUCCACAGCUUCCGCCUCUUCGAGUCCCUCCAAGCUGACAUCUUUGAUCUCUCCGCCAGGCUCUCGGGCGAGGUGGGGCCGUCCCCGAACCGGCUCAGGAGGCUCCUUGAGUACGUCGACUGCGUUGACCGGCUCAAAGCCGCUGUGAGCUCCAUCAGCGAGGAGGGCGAGCCGGCCAUCCAGAAGCUCCAGGAGGUGGUGGAGUUCCUGAGCCGGACCAAGGCGACCGACAACUUCAGGACACACCGGCUGAGGGAGACGCUCGUCACGCUCAAGGCGCUGUACGAGACGGAGGUCGACGCGAUGCGGUUCGAAGGGUUGCUCGACGAGGCCUUGCUCCAGUUGCAGGACGAGUAUGAAGGGUUGUUGCAGCAGCUGAAGCACGAGAACGUCGGGGAGGCGCAGGAGGGCGGCGACGGCGAGUUUGCGGUGUUGGAGCUGGGGUCGGAGCAGGAGGUGGAGGUCCUGAGGAGGAUAUCGGAGACGUUGGCGGCGAAUGACUGCCUGGACAUUUGCAUCGAUAUCUUCGUCAAGGUGAGAUACAGGAGAGCAGCGAAGGCACUGAUGCGCCUCAACCCGGAGUACCUCAGGACGUACACGCCGGAAGAGAUCGACGAGAUGGAGUGGGAGAGCUUGGAGACGGCCAUUACCCUGUGGAUCCAGCACUUCGAGCUCGCGCUCAAGACCGUCCUCGUCUCCGAGAAGAGGCUGUGCAACCAGGUCCUGGGCAACCUCGUGGACGGCCUGGUCUGGCCCGAGUGCUUCGUCAAGAUCGCCGACAAGAUCAUGGCCGUCUUCUUCCGCUUCGGUGAGGGCGCCGCCCGUAGCAAGAAGGAGCCCCAGAAGCUCUUCAAGCUCCUCGACAUAUUUGACUCCCUCGAGAAACUCAAGGCUGAGUUCAUCCAAAUCUUUGAGGGCGACUCUGGAUCCGACAUCUGCACCCGCUUCAGAGAACUCGAGAAGCUGCUCGUCGCCGCCUCGAGCAAGGUGUUCUGGGAGUUCGGCCUCCAGAUCGAGGGCAACUCCGACGGCCUCCCUCCGCCGCAGGACGGCUCGGUGCCGAAGCUCGUGAGGUACGCCAUCAACUACCUCAAGUACCUCGUCGCCGAGACAUACAGCGUUCCCAUGUCGAAGGUGCUGCAGACGGAGCAGGUGUGGAAGGCGGGCAUCCUGUCGAAGCCCGAGUCGGAGGAGGACCUGCUCCGGGACGCCGUCUCCAACGUCAUGGAGGCGCUGCAGCGGAACGUGGAGUCCAAGCGGGGGCGGUACAAGGACAAGAUACUCCCGCACGUGUUCGCCAUGAACACCUACUGGUACAUCUACAUGAGGACGAGGAACACAGAGCUCGGGAGGCUCCUCGGCGAGCAGUACAUGAGGAAGCAAUACAAGGUGGUGGCCGAGGAGUCGGCCUAUCUGUAUCAGAAGCAGGCGUGGGGAUCCCUGGUGCGCCUCCUGGAGGCCAAGGCCGACGACCCGAGCAGCAAGGCCAGGGCCAACGCGAGGAUGGAGGCGUUCCUGAAUGGCUUGGAGGAGGCGUCGCAGAAGCACCGGAGUUCGUACGCCAUCCCGGACGCCGACCUGAGGGAGCAGAUCAAGGAGGCCACGGUGAAGCUGGUGGUGCCUGCGUACGCCGAGUCCGUGAGCGCGUGCGGCUCCGCCUUGAAGGUGGGCUCGUGCCCGAGCGCCGAGUCGAUCCAGGAGCUGCUGAGUCAGGUGUUUGACGGCGGCGACAGAGAAGGUGACGGGAAGAAGACAAGGCGUCGGGGGGGCUCGAGGGGUGGCGGGAGCGGCGGCGGCGCUGUUGAUGGGGACGGGAGGGACUUUCGACGGUCCAGAUCGGAUGUUAGUGAUCUGUUGAUCUAG